UGAUUCCUGACGGUUUCCAAAGUGAGAGCGGCGCGACCAGAUAACUUUUAUUAACUAUAUAUUAUAAAUAGUUUUUCUGCGUGAGAAAUACAAUGUGUGGCGGGAGUGCGUGACAAAAGAACGAAAUGAGUGACUGUCACGCUCAAUGCGUGACACUUGAGAGCCCUGCUUGUAAUUCGGAACGCGCUUGAAUCCACGCUGAUGUAGAGGGGCAGGGGCGUGGAUAAAGUAAGAGUAACAUCUUGCCGGUUUUAGUGAAGGCUUGUUACAUCAAGUGACAGACCGAACUGGACACCGCUUCUCAGGAUGUAUAUCUUCUUCACUUUCAUAACCUGGAUUAUUGUCAUCAUCUCCGGUGCUGUGAGUGAUAAUGUGAUAGUAAAGGCGAGAAGAGGAGAAAACUGCUCCCUCUCCGUGAGAUCAUCUGAGCUGAAUAUUGUGAGUCGUUUAACAGUGAGAAGAAACGGGACUCAAGAGAUCUUUCGCUUCUGUUCCUCUGAAGAGCGAAAUCAUGGCUGCAAACCAAUCAACUCUUCAAGAAUAUCUCUCCGGAUUGAUAAAGAGAUUGUGUCUGUAACUGUUCUUGAUGUCAACACCAGCGACGAAGGAGUUUAUGAUGUUGAAGUUAUCAAUGACACAAACAACAGGAUCCGUCAGGAGUUUACAGUUUCAUUGACCGAGUCACCGGAGACUGCUGAAGACAUUCCUACAGAGACACCCUGGACUAUCAGCCUAAAAAUAUUAAACAUAACUGCAGGGGUCAUUGCAGCGAUAGGGUUAGGGUUGGUUCUUCUACUGAUUAUUUACAGCAUUUACAGAAAGAAGAAUCACAAUGCUGCUGAUGCUGACGGUGCCGAGGAUCCAGAGAUCAUUCCUCUCAGCUCAAACACAGCAGCAAGAGAAGCCACAGGUGGAUCCUUAGAGAUGGUGGACGAGACAAAGUGUCCCGUGGACAACAACAACCAGCGAGAGGAAGAAAGAAAAGACCUGAACCGUGAGGAAAGAGAAAGAGUGACAGACAAAACUGGAAGAACACGACAUUGUGUGGACUCACAAAACAACCACAAGGGAUGAGACUGUCAUCUGAAGGCUGAAACGAUUAUUAACGCUGUAGAGAUUGACUGUAAUUCAGGCCCCUCUCCUGAUGCUUCAGAGCGUCUCAGUGUUCAUACUAUCCAUCCUAAAUAGUAUGUGAGAUUAGAUUAAUUGUGUCCCAAAGUAUAGUGUGCUGAAAAGAUUAUGCCAAAAGUCCCCGGAUGGUCUACUAUUUCAGGUCGAUUUUUGAAGUGUGGAUCCAUGUACACUCUUAACGGCUAAAACUGCCCACAAUGCAUUGCGGUUUGGAGAAGGAUUAGAUCCAGAACUACAAACACGUAGUUUAUGUAAUAGAUAGCCUUAAAUCAAGCAGCUUUACAGUAUUACACAUGAAAAACCAGAGUCAGUGUCCCUUUCGGUCAGAAUUACAGCCUGAUUUUCUGUUAUAAAGCAGCUCUGCAGUGUGGAGCUCACUAAUGAUAAAAUCCUUCUGUUAAUGAGGAGAAAAUAAAGAUCUUUAAAGUGAGUUUGGUUUGCAGAGAUCAAAAAAGCUUGAUCUAGCUCAGGACUUUUCUGAUUAUUAUUACACUGUAAGGCAAUUUAAGAGAGAUAAUGUUGUGAAUAAAAUAGUUUAUCCAAAAAUAAAAUGUCUUAUCAGUAUCACUAACCUUUACUUUAUUUCCAUAUGACUUACAAAAGGAGAUGUUACUUUUCCAUAUUGCUAAUUCAGUUGUGAAUGAGAGUUUCUCUGUCAUCUCAUUUUGUGUGUAAAAUAUAUGUUUUGCUUUAAAUGAAUUGUAUAAUAAUUGUAAUUACAAAACGUAAUGGCCCUGCUUUUCUCCCUCUCUCUUUAUUUAUUAAAUAGAAUAUGUAUAAGUCAAUUUUGUAACUAAUUGCAAAAACUGAAUAAUAAAAGUCUAAUCAGUGAAAUAAUAGAAGAUAAUUCAAUUAAUCAUUCUAAUAAUAGAUUAUUCGAUUAUCAAAAAAUAAUAAUAAUAAUAUGUUGCAGCCCUAUAUUAUUUGAAGGCCAUUGAUUGAGACAACUCAUGCAAGUCAUCACACAGAAGCAGCUCUUCUCUGAGAUGAGCUGAACCUCAGAUGUUCAACCAGAAAUACAUCAGUGAUUCCCAGCAGACCAGACAGAGACACCACAGUGAUCCUGACAAACUGAAAGAGAAGAGAGUUAUUCAUGAACGUGAUUGAAUGUGUUUCUCUGUGAAGACACA